AUGACUGCUGAAAGUAACAAUUCUAUUUAUCAUUUACCACGCUAUACUUUGCCUUACGACCGACAAAUGCAGGGAGAAGAAGAAAACGACGAAGGAGUCAGUACAUUCGAUACUGCUACUGUAUAUCCAGAGAACAUGGACUUAAAUGAGUUGGAAAACUUUGGCGAGCAACAUGUUCAAGAUGGAACGCUAUCAGCGAUGCUACGACGUGUCGGCAUUGAAGAUGCUCACAAGUUUAUCAACGAUUUUCGUGAAGUGGCUCGUGAGGAGGUGAAACAAGAGCUGGAGGCAGGUGUGGUUCCUGCACCUGCUGCUGUAUCUAGCGAAGUUAGCGGCUACGGUGGGCUCGCACAGUUUCACAAGAUUGCCUAUACUUUUCCUGCCGAAGUCGUCCGUCAGGAAGUCCAGACACAGCCAGACCAGGAAUUGGAGGGAAGAUCCAGUUCGCGCGGCGGAGGAGGUCUGGGCAACUUGGUCAAGGUGACGAUGGAACGUCAGAAUCCGACGUAUGAGUCAUUGGCAUAUCAGCUGGAAGGCAUGUAUGGAGGAAUACAAAGGGAACAUCCGGAGAAAGCGCCGAGUACAAAAGAUGACGGUCUGAUCAGUAACGCCAAGCAGGUUUACAAUCUCUUCCGUGGUAAAACCGAUACCAUCGGCAGUGCACCCGGUGAGAACGGUCUUUUGAACAGCCAGUUUUAUUCGCUCUUCAAAACCUUUGACAAGAACGGCGAUGGUAAGAUCACUAAGGAAGAUAUCGAACUGUAUCUGAGAGGCAUGGGUAUCGGCUUUGUCUCACCCUACUUGGCCAAGAGUCUGUUUGCUGCCGUGGACAGCAAUCACAGUGGUACGUUGGAUUUUGUCGAUUUGAUGACAUUGAUGGGACUGAUAACGGCAUUGUACACAGGAGUAGAUAAGACCAAGAAACAGCAGCAAAAGUGA